AUGGCCGAAGCAAUUGGAGUGGCCUCUGGGAUCGUUGCUUUGGCAACGUUCGCAUUUCAAUCCAGCGUCUCACUGUACAAAACCGUGGAAAGCUUCCGUUCACACCCUAAGCGCGUGCGCGAUCUUCUCAUCGAGCUCGAUGCAUUGAGCGCGGUGUUGGCUCACCUCGUCGAGCUGGUGCAAUCGAACCCCGAUGUUAACCUGUCACUCCUGAAUCUACCGUUAUUACGAUGCGGUGAUAUCUGCAAAGGCUUUCAGCAAGAGCUCAUGAAGUACGCAGCACGGUCGACCAGCAACCACACAAGCUUUCGUGACUGGGCCAAGUUGAUGUAUAAGGGUGAAAAUAUUGAUGACGUUCGAAACUCGCUGGCAAGUUAUAAAGCCACGAUCAAUAUUGCUUUAACUGAUACAAACCUACGUCUUUCAGCAGCGGCUGUUGGAAAUAUGGAAGAGUACCAGAAUCUUAUCCAAGAGGCGAAAGAGGAUCUGGGAGCGAGACUGGAGAGCAUUGAUAGCAAGCUGGAGGAUCUGGCAAGAAAGGAUGAAGAUCAAUCUGGAUCAGAUUCGGCUGAGCUGCGCUCAUUAAGGGACGAGCGUCUAAGCACCGAAAAUUGUCUCCAAAUUUGCGCGCAGCUGUCGAGUCAUAUUGAUCAGAUACAGCUGAUGUCCAAAAAGGCAGGUGCGUCCCGGGGACCAAGCGGUUCUGAUAACUCCCCGGAGUCCGUUACCAACGAGGGCCUACAAGAAUGUAAGAAUAGUUUGGCCGCUACGGCCGCCAAGCUGGAACAGCACAUGCGAGAAGUUAUGGACCGGCUCCUCUCAAAAUCAAAGGCUGGAUCAUCUCGCGACGAUGUCCAAGAUCUAUCCAGGUUGCGGGAUGAAUGGGAAGCGGCUCGGCAGUGCUUGGAUAUCUGCUCACGGGCGGACAGUAAUCUCAAGGAAAACGUUAGCAUCAUCGAAAACUACGGGACUGGAGAUGCCUUACAGUUUAUGGUUUCUGCGAAUGGAAAAGUUCUCCAUGGAAAGAAUCAAGGCCUUGGGUGGAGAAGCAGGCAAGUUGGGGGCUACAUGAGCGAUGAGUCCAUCCAACAAUUAUCGCGAGAUCUCUCUGUGAUCUAUACAAGUCCCCAAAAGCCUGGUGUAUCGACACCACAGGGGGCUAGCGUUCCGGGAGAAGAAACCACGGCUGAAUUUAAAAAGCGUUAUGGGCGAGGUUUCACUUUGAGCCCGACGCGCAUGCCCAACACCCCAGCUCCGCCGCGCAGUUCGAGCAAUUAG